AGUCUCUGUAGAUGAGCACCCAGCGUAUGUUCUGGCCACCACGCCACCACGAAUGCUUCACCCAGCGGCACACACAUCCCACCAGCAUCCAUUCAUGGUGGAUCUCCAUGACCAGGUGCAUCAGGGAGCUGUCCCUCUCUCCUACACGGUGACCACAGUAACAACACAAGGCUUCCCCAUUCACGCUGGCCAGCACAUACCUGGCUGCAGUGCGCAGCAGCUCCCAGCAUGCUCAGUGAUGUUCAGUGGACAGCACUAUCCACUCUGCUGCCUCCCACCGCCUCUGAUCCAGGCCUGUGCCAUGCAGCAACUCCAUGUCUCUUAUCAAACAUUCCCACCACUCAUUUCCAGUGAUCAUUAUAUCCUGCACCCUCCACCACCUGUGCCACCACACCAGCCUCCACAUAUGACAGCCCUCGGCCAGUUUGUCCCUCUCCAGCCACAGCAUCCUCGCAUGCCACUUCAGAGGAUAGAAAACGAGGUGGAGCUUCGGGGUGAACAGCACUCAAUGGGGGGCUUCUCAUAUUCUCCUUCCCAUCAUACUCCUGCCUUGUCUCCCUCUGUACCAUUGUAUCUUCCCCACACGCAUGACCCACUUCACCCAGAACUGUCGUUUGGAGUGCCAUAUCCACAUAUGAUGCCCCGGCGGCUGAAUUCCCAGCGAUACAGAUUACAGCAACCACUGCCUCCCCCGCCGCCGCCUCCGCCGCCAUACUACCCAAACUUCCUGCCAUACUUUCUUUCAAUGCUUCCUGUAUCGCCAACAGCUGUGGGGCCCACAAUAAGUUUGGACUUGGAUGUGGAUGACGUAGAGAUGGAAAACUAUGAGGCAUUACUGAAUUUAGCUGAAAGAUUAGGGGAGGCCAAGCCACGGGGACUCACCAAAGCAGAUAUUGAGCACCUUCCAUCCUACCGCUUUAACCCAGAGAGCCAUCAGUCCGAGCAAACCUUGUGUGUGGUGUGCUUCAGUGACUUCGAAAUCAGGCAGCUGCUGCGAGUUCUGCCCUGCAACCACGAAUUCCAUGCUAAGUGCAUCGACAAAUGGUUAAAGGCAAACCGCACAUGCCCCAUCUGCCGAGCAGAUGCUUCAGAAGUGCAUCGGGAGGCCGAAUGAGGUUCAUCAAUGCACUGCUGCACAAAUUUACUCCAGGAUACGGACCUUGGACCAGAGGCACGGGCCAGCCUGUACGCUUAGCCUCUGGGGCCUCUCCUGGGAUGCGGUGAGAAUAUAAGCAAUGUAUGACACUCCCUCCCCCUCACCCCAUGGCAUGGACUGGGCCUGGUGGUUGAGCCAGCUCUGCGGUGUCAUGCUUUGUAGGGGGAGGCAUCCCCACGUGCUCUGCACUCCAAAGACUCGCCAUCCUUGCACCAUUGUUUUCCAGGUGUUUGCAUUCCUUCUUGAUUUGGGGUUUUCCUUUCCUUAUUUGGUUUCGUGGCUGUCUGACCUAGAUUUUUAUCCGAAUUCAUUCCUUUCUGGCAGAGCCAGAUUUGGGGGCCUUGAAAGCAGAACAGCUCCAAGGGAGAGGGGAAGAAGUGCCUGCUUCAACCCCCACCACCUGCUUGCCUAGAGUACAGUGUUGCAAGAUAGUAGCGGGGGAAGUAUGUUGGUUGCAACACUGAUGUAAAGCCACUUGAGGCCUUGCCAAAAAAAACAUCUGUGGCUGUCUCCACGCUAAUCAUGGCCCAGGACCACCCUGUGUUUUUCCCUACACAUGCACAGAAUAAGUCCCACCAGCAUCUCAGACUCUCCCUCCCCUUGCAUGCCUGCAAUGUUGGGUGGAGUUCAGGGUUGUUCUCACAAAUUGCACAGUGAGGUAAAGAAAAAUGGGCCUAAACUUAAGUCCAGCAAUAUUCUGCUGCAAGGCAGUUUUGGGGGAAAG